GGGGUAAAUGGAUAUCCUUUAUUUGUUUAAGGUCUUAGGAUAGCAUAUUUAAGUUUUGUAAAGAGAUUUCAGUUGUUGCCUUAUGAUUUGUUGUGUUUUCAGUUCAUUAUUUCUGUGAUGAAUACUUAAUUUGAUUUCUAUAUAGAUCAAUGAUUUAUAUAUAGUUGUGGAAUAUAUAUAUCCUCAAACACCUUUUUUCUUUUUUUUUUUGAAAUUAGACUAUUUGGUUUGUGUUGCUUUCAUUAGUGGAGGAUAAAUGGGUAUCAUCUCACUAUUAACAAAUUAAAAUAUGGGUGAUGAAGAGAGUAUUUUCUAUGAAGUGAUGCCUUAAUGUAUAUGGACUUGGUGUACCAAUUUCAGAGACAGCUGCGGAGAAAUGUGGGCAUAAUUGAUAACUGUAUUCAAAAUACCAUUGAUGAUCAUGACUCAUUGACACAAGCGAUACUGAGCAAGUUGGAUUGCACUUAUUACUACUUUGGCUUACUGAAGGAAGCGAUGAGAUUUAUGAGAAUAGUUUAUGUGUGUUGAAAGAAAUAUGCAAUCAUUCUCUGGAGAUUCAGGUUGUUUGUCUCACGUUAUUGGAGUCCUUUGAUGAUUUGGUGAUGAACAACAAGAACGACUUGAUUCAUGAUUUCUUUUAUGAAAAGCUAAAUGCAAUUUUGAAGGAAAUGGAGGUGAUGUACCAGAUUCUUUCAAAUGGUUCCAUGGAAGAAACUAACUCUAGUUCUCGAAUCAAAAUGAAGGAUCUCCUAGAUAUCAUUGACUCCCUUUCUUCUUGUCAAUUUUCGCUAUAUUGAUCAAUCUGACCUGAAAGAAAGUUUAAGGUUCGCGAAGAAUUUCCUUCGUUUUGUUGUCACAUCACGAGGACUCAAGCGUAGGCAAACGGGAGAGCUAUUGAUACACUUGAGAGGCAUGUUGGUUGAUGUUGCCUGCUUCAUUUUCGGGUGUUUGAAGCCCAAAGUUCAUUCAUCUGUUCAGCGGCCAAAUCCUUCCAAACUUAGAAUUGAGCCCCUUGAAUCUCAGGUUUGUGGUAUUUAUGCUAAUGCUUUGAACCAAGUCUCAGAAUUGUCGGAGUCAUCCAACAAUCUGGCUCCUGGUUCCCAAUCAGUACUUUUGAUGGCGGAUUUUGUUGAUUCUCUCAUUUUCCUUCUUUUGCAUAUGUUAUUCCGUUGUACCUGUAGUACAUACAUCUCUGACCAUCAAACGUAUGAACUAUAUCAGGCGCUUAGAUUCUUGAGAACCAAUCUGAGAGAACAACUUGAUGGGGGUAGAUGAAUUAUGUGACAAAAUGCAUGGCCUCAUCAGAGUAAUGAUUUGUGAGUCAGGAGUUCUAGUUUUCCAUCUAUUCUGUGGCGAGAAAGAAAGAACCCUGGGUGAAAAAGUAGAGCUUCUCUUUUCAGAUUUUAUGAAAAAAUUCAAGCUUGUCAAGGGGGAAGACGAAGAAGAAGAGGCACCAAGACCUCAACUAAUGUCAACAUGUCCUCAAACAAACUUGUUGGGUUUUAUCGAUUCCAUUUUGGAGAAAAUGAAAUCGACCUGUCUACAUGAAGCUCCAGAUUCAGUACUUGUUGCUUCAGCAAAGAAGAGGGUUACAAUUAUCUAUGAUGGUCUUGCAUAUUUAAGAUCCUUUUUGGGUAAUGUUAUGGGGCAGCAUGAUCAAAACGGAAAGCUCCAAGGUCUGUGGAGUCGUGUUGCUACGGUAGCCUAUGAGACGGAGUUUGUCCUUGAUUCUCGCCCUGUUGGAGAGGUCCAUGAGAACUUUAAAAUUCUCCUUGACACCAUCACCGAGGAGAUUGAGCUUCUUAAGGCUGAGGCAUUGGGAAAUUCCGACAAUAAGGGGCAGAUCAUGUGAGUCCAGAGUAUGCCUAAACCUGAUAGUCAAAAGCCUUUGGCCC